AUGGCCGCUUCCCCUCGCUCAGCGAUGAAUCCUGCGCAGGGGUCGCCGCCGUCCCAGGACGCCAAGCAGCUCCAUCCCAAAGAGGAGACGGACACCGAGGGAGAGGAGCCGCAGCCCAAAGACAUGACCACGGAGAAAGGAUACAAGCAGCCGCGGAGCAGCCUCCCGUUCAGCGUCGAGUCUCUGAUUUCCAAGAAGCCCACCUGUCGGACCUCUUAUCCCCCCUCAGACUCCUCCGCGCUGGGGCUCCCCAAGCCCGCGGCGGGACAGUUCUCUCCAAGGACUUUUUACGCGGAGAGCAAAGUGUCCGCGGAGAGCUCGCAGGGAGUUUCGAGCAGCUCCAGCGAGGACAGCCCGCAGUUCUGUGAGAAGGAGCAGAGCACUUGGUACCAGCCGUCCUCCUUCUCUACACCUCCUCGCAGCACGAGUCCACCUCCGUGUACUUUAAGGAAACACAAAAACAACAGGAAACCUCGGACACCUUUCACUACCUCUCAGCUGCUGGCGCUGGAGCGCAAGUUUCGCCAGAAACAGUACCUCUCCAUCGCCGAGCGAGCCGAGUUCUCCAACUCGCUCAACCUGACGGAGACUCAGGUGAAAAUCUGGUUCCAGAACAGGCGGGCCAAGGCCAAGAGACUGCAGGAGGCCGAGCUGGAAAAGUACAAACUGGCCUCCAAGCCCGUGCUGCCCGCCUUCGCGCUGCCGUUCCCCAUCGGUGCGCACAUGGGCUCUCCAGCGUGGGGCCCGUCCAACGCCUUCCACAGGCCCAGUCUGCCGGUCCCAGGACUCUUCAGUGGACCCGUCACUUAUGGGAUGUACUAUUUGUCUUAG